AUGGCGUCGCCAAGGCUUUUUGACCUUCCAUUGGAGAUUCGUCUCGAGAUCUACCGUCUCGUAUUUGGCCGUGGAAAGGCCGUCAUCCAGGCCACAAGCGAGGAUGAUAGUUGCGCUCUGUUACCCCAGCUCGCAAAGUUCGGGAACCACUCGCCAAGGUCGUCCCAGCUCUUGAGAGUCAACAAAACGAUCCUCUUGGAGGCGCGGCCAGUCCUCUAUGCCAACACGGUAUUCCAUGUCAUCAACCAGGCCUUUGCGGGAAAGUUGCCAACCCGGAUCAGCGACGGUCAUCCAUGUGCGUCGCACAUCAAACACCUAAUUUGGCAGCUGGAUUGUGACAUGCUAAAGCAUUUUUACCACGAAGACCUUCAACUCGACCUUGCCGGAGUUGGCCAUUGGAGCAGUCUUGAAAUACGGUGUCGAGCCGAGACGUGGCGGAACUCGUUUCUGGGCGAAUGGUGUGAUCGGGAAGCUUUCAUCAGAGGCAGGGCUCAAAUGGUUGAGUAUGCUCAAGUGUUUUACCAUGCCAUGAGCAGCCGCAAGGGAGGAGGGAGAAUUACCUUUGUUGAAGAUCGAAGUCAGUUGGGGCGUGGGCGUAUCAUCUUGAGACUGAACAGCGGCCGAGUUGGUUCGGCGCAACAGCAGUCUUUGGAUGAAUUGUUGAUCAUCGCCACCCCAUAA